AUGACCCUCAUCCUGCCCAUGACCCUCUUCCCUGUUCAUGACCCUCAUCCUGCCCAUGACCCUCUUCCCUGUUCAUCCAUCCUGCCUUCUUCAUUCAAGCCCAAACAACCCCCCCACGUCUUCCCCAAAGUCCGCUGCUCGCCUUCUCUUCAGCCGCUCGUUCUCACUUUGCCACCCUUGCACUUGCAGCCACGCCUUUCCUCCAUUCCUGCAUCCCGUCAUCCCUUCACCCUUCGUCCUCAUAUCCCACCUCCAACCUCCCUGCAGGCACGGCCGCGGAUAGAAGCGGGCAGGUUGCAUGAAGUAGCGGAUCCAGCCCUGCAGGGAGGAUACCACCCGCACCAGUUCGCCCUGCUCACUCUUCUGUUCCCACCAUUGCUCCGCCCCUCCCCGCCCUCCCUGCAGGCUCGGCCGCUGAUAGAGGAGGGCAGGCUGCACGAGGUGGCGGAUCCCGCCCUGCAGGGAGGUUACCACCCGCACCAGUUCGCCCUGCUCGCCCGCACCGCCCUGCUCUGCACUCACAAGGACCCCUCGCAGCGACCCUCCAUGCUGCAGGUGCUCCACCUCAUAGACUCGGGCCCUCCUGGCCCUCCUGCUUCGACGACAGCGACGCCAUCGGGGUCGCCCGGCGUGCUGCGCGGCGACGAUGUGGAGUUCGACAUCGACUUUCACUUGCACGAGCUGCCGUCCCGCUCGCGACAUGCGACGAGUGCGACGGGGGCGCGAUAUGCUGCGACGGACGUGACGAGCGCGGGCGAGUGGCGGGAGGUGGCGGAGUUGAAGCUUGCGCUGGGCGCGCUCGUGGGACGCGUGACGGCGGAACUGGCGAAAGCGGGGGUGGCGGUCCGAUUGGGGAAGAGUGAGGUGAAGGCGGAGCGGAGGGCGGAGCGCAAAGUGCGGCUGAGUCCGGCGGUUAGUCGGCUGGUCAGCGGUGCCGUCGCCGGUGGCGUGUCGCGAACAGCGACGGCGCCGCUGGAGACGAUUCGGACGCACAUGAUGUGCGGGCGGGGCGGGCUGGCGGCCAAUGGGAGCAUGACAGCUGUCUUCCAGUGGGUUCUGCGCACGGAGGGGUGGACGGGGCUGUUCCGCGGCAACGCCAUCAACGUGCUCCGCGUCGCGCCCAGCAAAGCGAUUGAGAUGCUCACAUACGACACGGUCAAACGCUUCCUCACUCCCAAAGAAGGCCGCCCCUCCAUCAUCCCGCGCCAGCUCCCCAUCCCCAUCUCCUCCAUUGCCGGCUCCUCCGCGGGCAUCGCGUCGUGCCUGCUCACCUACCCGCUGGAGCUCGUCAAAACGCGCCUGACAGUGAACCCUGACAUGUACCGCGGCGUGCUGCACGCGUUCCACCGCAUCAUCAUGGAGCAGGGCGUGGGGGAGCUGUACCGCGGGGUGGCGCCCAGCGUGGUCGGCAUGAUUCCGUAUGCUGGCGCGAAUUUCUACGCGUAUGACACGCUGUGUACCGCAUAUAGGAAGGCGCGAGGGCGGGAGGAGAUCGAGCCGCUGAUGACGCUGGUCAUUGGCUCCACUGCUGGGUGCUUUGCGGCUGCUUCGACAUUCCCCUUGGAGGUUGCACGGAAACAUUCCCUCUCUCCCUCGUCCAAAUAUUUAGUGUUCUUCUCCCCUCGGGCUGACCAUCAUCUCCCUUCUCCCACUAUUGCAGCUUCAAAUGGGGGCAACAGGAGGCAGGGUGGCAUACACAGGCAUGCUGCAGUGCAUGAGGAGCAUAGUGAGGGAGCAGGGUGUCAAGGGGCUGUACCGAGGGGUGGCGCCUUUGUGUGCCCUUCGGUGAUGCUGCUAGUCUCUCUCUCCCUCCUCUCCGAACUAUACACAUUGUCCAUUCUCUCCCUCUUCCCUCUGUUGCAGCUUCAAAUGGGGGCGACGGGCGGCAGGGUGGCAUACACAGGCAUGCUGCAGUGCAUGAGGAGCAUAGUGAGGGAGCAGGGAGUCAAGGGGCUGUACCGAGGGGUGGUGCCGUCGUGUGCCAAGAUGAUGCCUGCUGCUGGCAUCUCCUUCAUGUGUUAUGAGGUGCUCAAACGCGUGCUUAUAGAGGAUGAAAAGGUACGAUAG